UCCCCCCUUUCUCGUCACUAUAUUCUCUCUCUUUACUUCAGAUACUCCCACUCAAUUUCUCUCCGUCCCAUUCGCCAUCCCAUGAUGGCGCUCAGUCCAGACUCUCCGGCCUUUGGAUCAUCCCUGCUCACAGAUCCUGCUCACAGAGGUCCAGAUCUGUGCCCGGAGCAUGGGGACAAGUGGACCUGGUUCUGUGUGGAUGACUUGGAGCCGGUGUGCAGUCAGUGUAGACAGUCUGUGACUCACGAGGGGCACAGAGUCUACCCCCUACAGGAGGCUGUGCCUGACUGCAAGGGGGAGCUGAACUCUUCCCUGGGGAAACUUCUGGGGAAGAGCAGAAGGUUUGAGAAGGUUGCACAUGCCUUUAAACACGCCUCCCAACACAACCAGGAACAGGCCCAGCAGACACAGAGGCAGAUAAAGGAGGAGAUUGAGAAGCUGCAACAGUUCAUGAGAGGGGAGGAGGAGAUCAGGCUUGCCAGACUAAGGGAAGAAGAGGAGGAGAGGAAAAGAAGGAUAAAGAAGGAGAGGAACAGAAUGAGAGGAGAGAUGGAGGCCCUGGAGAAAACCAUACAGGAGGUUGAGCUGGAGAUAAGGAAAGAGGAUGACAUUUCCUUUCUAAAGAAUUACAAGAAGACUGUGAAGAGGAUGUGGCAGAGUCAUGGGCAACCAGAGAAGGUGUGUGGUCCUCUGAUAGACGUGGCCUCACACCUGUCCAACCUCCGCUACACCGUUUGGAAAGACAUGCAGCAGAUAGCCCCUUACACUCCUGUGACCCUGGACCCCAACACCUCCUGCCCAUCCCUGGACCUCUCGCCCGGCCUGAACUCGGUCCAGCUGGGCAAGGAGAGGAACCAGAGCCAACCCGCUAACCCGGAGAGAUUUGACCCGAACCCCGGUGUUCUGGGCUGGGAAGGAUUCAGCGCCGGCAUCCACAGCUGGACCGUGGAGGUGGGGGAGAGCAGCAGCUGGACCGUGGGCGUGGCCAGCCAAUCAGUUCGUAGGAGGGAGGAGUUUGAGGCGUGUCCAGAUGAGGGUCUGUGGGCCCUGAGCCUGCGGGACAGGAAGUUCCGCGCCAUGACCGUUCCCCGCACCGCUCUCAACUUGGACUGGUCCCAGCCCCUUCACAGGGUCAAGGUGGUUGUUGACUGGGAGGAGGGGAAGGUGGAAUUCUCCGACCCAGUAAGGGACACACCCUUGUUCACGUUCACACACCGCUUCACUGAGGCGCUGUACCCGUACUUCGAGAGCACCUGUCCCAAGCGCGGGCUGACGGUGUUACCCCAGAGGGUGUGUUUGGGGAUGAAUCAAGAUCCCAUCCCCGCAGCGGACGAUGGAGACCGGAUCCUGUGCCGAGGAUCUUCUGAGGGCGGACAGGACACCACCACUGGGUCCCCUAACAAGACGGUGUCAGAGAAGAUCCCGACCACUGAUCAGAUCCAGCUCCGAGAGGACAGAUCUCUUGACAAGACGUUAAACCCUAGUUCGGACCAGACGAUGGCGCGGUUGUCUUCCGGAAAGGGAAAGAUCCUUAAAUCCACUGAUCGGAAGCAGAUCAGCAACAUUAGAUCCAGUGGAAGCUACCACAUCACGAAGGACAGGCCGUUAGUUCAACUCAGGAGGACUGGAUCCAGGGAUCAAGUUGCCCCACUGGCUGUAACUGAGCCACAAUAGAUCACCGAGCGCAAUCUACCAGAUCUCCUCCUUACAUCUACUAAAUUACCGUACACACUAGAUCACCCAGCACACACUUCUGUAUGUGUUGUAUUGUUGUGUCCCUGGCUGUAGUGUGACUGAAUAAAGAUAUUGAGUUAGAGAUAA